CUGCGUUCACUUCUCAUUUGUCAGUUAUUAGACGAAUUUGAAUUUGUGACGCUUCGAAUCGGUUGUUCUGCUAAAUACUGAAGAUUUUAAUCUGCCACAGCUGAUUUAGUUAUUUGACAAAAUAUGGCUACAAUAAGUGAUGAUAUUCCUGAGGAAUACCGAGAUGGGAUUAACCAAAUGGUUGAAAUCAUGCAUAGAGAAGUCGAGUACCGUGGCAAAGGGUUUAAGUGGGCUAUGGACGAUUUUGAUAUCGGAGCACCAUUGGGGAGAGGAAAAUUUGGCAGAGUAUAUUUAGCUAGAGAAAAGAAAACCCAUUACAUGGUGGCUCUCAAGAUGCUGCAUAAAUGCGAGUUAGUCAAAGGACGAGUAGAGAAACAAGUGAUGCGUGAGAUUGAAAUACAAUCACAUCUGAGGCACCCAAAUAUACUCCAUUUGCUAACCUGGUUUUAUGAUGCUAAACGCAUCUAUUUAGUAUUGGAGUUUGCUGCAAAUGGAGAACUUUACAGGGAAAUGCAGCGUCAGCCUGAAAAGAGAUUCAAUGAGCACUUAUCUGCCAAGUACACGUAUCAAGUAGCAGAUGCCCUGAACUAUUGUCACAAAAACCAUGUGAUACAUAGGGACAUUAAGCCUGAGAACUUGUUACUUGACUUUCAAGGUGACAUAAAAUUGGCAGACUUUGGAUGGUCUGUGCAUGCUCCGUCGUCAAAGCGCAACACUAUGUGCGGCACAUUGGAUUAUUUACCUCCAGAGAUGGUAGUAGGACAGACAUAUGACAUAUACGUAGAUCACUGGUGUUUAGGAAUUCUGUGCUAUGAAUUUUUAGUUGGGAGGCCACCAUUUCUCAGUGACACGCAUGAAGAAACAUACAACAAAAUUAAGGGCUGCAUUAUCCACUGGCCAGCUCAUGUUUCUUUAGGUGCACGAGACCUUAUCUCGAAGCUGAUUAAAAGGAAGAGCUCUGACAGAAUUCCACUACCUGCUGUGAUGAAGCACCCUUGGAUAGUUGAAAAAAAAAGCAGAAAAUAGUCAUUUCUAUAGUAUUAGCUGUCGUCCCUGAAGCGCAAUGCCUAUUCUGGAGUGUAAGUGCUUUGAAUACUGUAUAUUUCACAUGAUCAAACAUUAUUAGGGUAAUAUUUUUUCAGAGUUUGAAUAGAAACAAUAUUCCAAUUUGUUUUUUAGUAAAUUAAUAGCAUACUAACAUCGCAUUAGACUGUAAUGAUGAUUCAUGGCUAUCCAAAUUGAAAUCCAUAUUUUUAUAUUCUUUAUUAUAUUUAAUGAUGAAGCUGAAAGCAUUUGGUUUGUUCCUGCCAACUACACUAUCUACACUUUCACAAUAUAUUAUAGUGAUGGUAUCCUCACACAAAAGUGUAAAAAGUAUAAAAAGUGUAGCUAGCACGAACAAACCAAUUGACAGUAGAAUAUAACUUUUAAGAUAUAAGUUGAAGAAAGUGGCCUUAGUUUGAUAUGUAAUAGGCUUUAAUUUUAUAAAUACACUUCAUCUUAUUAUACCACAAUGUCAAAAUCAAUCUUCAGAAAAUAAGUGAAUUCAUUUGAGCGGACAUUUUAUUAUUGAUAUUAGUCACAUUCAAGUUGAUAUAUAGGUGCCUUCACAAUAAUAUGAGCGAGGAAUUUUGGGUCAAACUUUUUAAUGUAUAAAUAAAUCGACAUUGUGUUGAAAAGGGUAGGUUUGAGAUCAAUAGUAUGUAUGUAUUGUAGCAUUAUGAUGUUCAAGAAUUGAAUUUAUUAUCAUCCCAUCAACGCGUAGUAAUUAAUACAGAGUUAUUUUUGCUAUCUAUAACACUGCUAUAAUUUUGAUAUAAAAGAAGUAUUUUUACUGGAGACUGAUGGAGAUUAUCAAGGGGUAAUGUACCAGUAGACCGCAAGAGCAAUUUCGGGAAUGUUUAUCUCAUAAGCUAAUAAUUCCAUUUGAAUCAGAUUUUUUCAUUUGAAAGCUGUAUACAUGCAGGUGCAUGUAUAAAUUUUUUUUUUUUACAGGAACCCAUUUUCUGGAAUCACUGUUAUCUUGUCCAACGUAAAACGUAUUCCUCAUGGACCCAGGAAUCCGUGCAGUCGGUUCAUCUGAAACAUAGAAUUCAAAGGGAAUCUUAAAAUAUAAUACAUAGAGUAGUCCGUGAUGGUAGAUUUCUAUCCUGAAACUUAUUUUUACAGAAAUGCCGACAGUUCGAACAUGAUGUUCGUUCGUCGUCCAUAAUUUUCGACCCUCAGGGUUUUAAAAAAAAUUCUCCCGUGUGAAUAAGAAAAAAUGUUACAAAACAUUGUAUAAAAAUUGCAGCAAAUCGGUCGAACCAUUUUCGAAAUAUUUUGAGAAUCGACUUCCAAAUUGAUGUUUUAAGAUAACUGAGUUCAACGUUUGGCCAAGAAAUUAUGUGCAAGAUAUAUUUUUUUUCUUCAAUUUACCGUCAGUGAUUCCAGGGUCAUAAAGUACUAUUCCAGCAUCAAUUCUUACCUAUUUACACUGAAUUCCUCUUCACGGGUCGCCUGUUUAGUUUCAAUUUGGUUGAUAUGAAUGUGCUCUUCAUCGUCUACUUCGCAGUACCAAUCAGCUUUCCUUUUGAUUUGGUCCCGGAGUUAAAAAUUCAUGUCGCUGUAUUAGCGGCAAUGUUUCCAAUGUGUGAACUGCUAUGGUUGAUCUCGGGUGCUAUUACCAAAGUACGUUGUUGAAGCUCCCGUUUGAAUUUGGUGUGCAUCUUCUGUCAUAGCAUUGUAACUGUCACAAUUAGAUCUCUAAAUAUCAACUCAAUAUAUUUGGCUACAUCUGGAUGGAGAACAGGCUUAUGGUGGUAGCUCUUCAAUGUAUUUGUAGCCUUUGCUCACUGCCAAGAGAACACCACUGUCAAUCCCUGGUGGACACCCAUCAUGCUGUGACUUCUGGUCAGUUGAUAUCAUAUGGAAAAAGGUAUACCGAAGAUUGUUUGGUAAUUUCUUUGCACAAUAUAACGGCAUCAGCAUGAUCUUGCAAUACUGAUACUGAAAUACCGAAACACUGAGAUAUCGAAGACAUCAAUAUUCCUCAUCAUAAAAUUAAUAGAGCUUUGUUUACAUGGACUUGUUUGAAACUACGAUUUUUACCAAAACAACGGUACUUUGAAGUAAUGCAUGUACCGAUUAUCUGCAAGAAUUUCUUAAUCUGUUUGACACCUGCCAAACCAUAAACUUUCGCCAUUAACAUAACAAGGAUAUUGGAUGAGGCAUUGUAGGAAACUUCUGGUAUAGUCAGGUCAUGUAAAGUCACUCGGAAUAUUACAACUUCCCAAAAGUUGUGAUCUAUUUCUUUCACAAACCAUUUUUUUGUCUUGAAAAAUGCAUGUGCAACUGAACCUGUUGAAAUAUUUGAUUAUCAAACUUUCAACGAAAAUGCUGAACUCGUUACUGAUUGAUUUGGUGUGUGUAACAGAUCAGUUCGAACAAUGCUUAAGAUCAUGAAAAAAUAAUAUACAUUCUUUGCAAAUCAUUAGUGAGUUGUAAUAUUUUACAAACAGAUGUAUGGAUUUGAAUAGUAUCCUGUCUGAUGAGUCCCUAUAGCUCUCUGUAUGCCAUAUAUUUACAUGAUAUUUUGGUAUGGUUAUUAUAUAGGAUCCUACAUGACUGAUUCUAUGAAGUAGCUGCUGACCAAUAUACAUAAUAGCUUUUAGAUUCGAAAAUCAGAACCCAAGAUAAGAUUACGCUUGGCUAAGAGACUAACAAUAUUUUUUUGUAUAGAAUAUAUUUUAACGAAAAA